AUGGCUUGGCUAUCCACCGAGGACAACAAUUCGGAGUCAAAAAGAGCCAGGAAAGAAGCCCCACAGUUGCUAAGCUUCUCGGACAAAGAUAAGAUUGGAACCAUUCAACCCAAUGAUGAUGCUCUGGUGGUCACACUUAGGAUAGGGGGAUACGACGUGAAGAGAGUAAGUGUUGUCGAGAUCAUGUACCCUCACUUGUAUAAGGGGCUGAAUUUAAAACCCGAGGCCCUAACGGCGUACGAUUGCCCUCUAGUAAGUUUCAAGGGAAAAAUUGUUACUCCAAGAGGCCAGAUUAGACUGUCCAUACAGACCAGUUCGGACGUGGUGGAAGUGGAUUUCAUUGUGGUGGACGCUUAUUCACCCUACACAACUAUUGUGGCUAGACUUUGGCUUCAUGCCUUAGAAGCUGUCUCUUCUACCCUGCACUAG